AUAUACUUCACAGUCUACUCAACCUCUCUACUGACUUCAUAAACAAAAAAUAGGAAUAAUGAAAGCAAAUCCUUCAUGGCUAAUUUUACUGCUGCUAAUUGCAGCUACUGUACUUACAGUACACUCUGAUAAUGAUGACGUGUCGCCGGAAAGUUCGAUAUUGGACACCGGAGGUUUGAGUAGAGAAAGUUUUCCGAAGGGAUUUAUAUUUGGAACUGCAACUUCAGCGUACCAAGUAGAAGGUUGUGCCAGUACUGAAGGCCGUGGACCUAGUAUUUGGGACACUUUCAUUAAACAAUCUGGAGUUGAACCAAACAAUGCCAAUGGAGAAAUCGCUGUCGAUCAAUACCAUCGAUACAAGGAGGAUAUUGAUCUGAUGGCGAAGCUCAACUUUGAAGCUUAUCGCUUCUCAAUUUCAUGGUCCAGGAUCUUCCCAAAUGGAACUGGUAAAGUGAACUGGAAGGGAGUUGCUUAUUACAACAGAUUGAUCGAUUAUAUGCUCAAAAGAGGUAUUACCCCAUAUGCUAAUCUUAAUCACUACGAUUUACCACAAGCACUUCAAGAUAGGUACAAUGGAUGGUUAGGCCGUGAAGUCGCGAAAGAUUUUGCUGAUUAUGCAGAGUUUUGUUUUAAGACAUUUGGAGACAGAGUGAAGAAUUGGUUCUCAUUUAAUGAGCCAAGAGUGGUUGCUGCUUUAGGGUAUGAUACUGGAUUCUUUGCACCUGGAAGAUGUUCAAAGCCUUUUGGAAACUGCACAGAUGGGGAUUCUGCUACUGAGCCUUAUAUUGUUGCUCACAAUCUCAUCUUAUGCCAUGCUUCUGCAGCACAGAGAUACCGUGAGAAGUAUCAAGAGAAACAGAAAGGGAAGUUUGGCAUUCUCUUGGAUUUUGUGUGGUAUGAACCUCUGACAAAGGGAAAAGCCGACAACUAUGCUGCUCAAAGAGCAAGAGACUUUCAUUUGGGAUGGUUCUUGCAUCCUCUCGUAUACGGUGAGUACCCAAAAACCAUGCAAAAUAUUGUGGGAAUGCGAUUACCCAAGUUCACGAAAGAAGAGGUUAAGAUAGUGAAGGGAUCAUUUGAUUAUGUGGGCAUAAACCAGUACACUGCUUACUACAUGUAUGAUCCUCAUUAUACCACACCACAACCCUUGGGCUACCAACAGGACUGGAAUGUUGGAUUUGCUUAUGAUCGCAAGGGAGUACCUAUUGGUCCUAGGGCACACUCAUAUUGGCUCUACAUUGUGCCAUGGGGUCUAUAUAAAGCUGUCAACUAUGUUAAAGAACACUAUGGAAAUCCUACCAUGAUUCUAGCAGAAAAUGGUAUGGAUUAUGCGGGCAACAUUACCCUUCCAAAAGCUUUACAUGACACUAAAAGGAUAGACUACUAUAAGAGCUAUCUGCAAGAACUAAAGAAGACAGUGGAUGAAGGCGCUAAUGUCAUAGGCUACUUCGCAUGGUCGUUGCUCGACAACUUUGAAUGGAGAUUGGGUUAUACUUCCAGAUUUGGCAUUGUCUAUGUUGAUUUCAAAACCCUCAAACGAUACCCGAAGAUGUCAGCAUAUUGGUUCAAGAAAUUGCUUAAGCGCUACAAGCAUUAAGGCAGCUCUUGCCCUUGUCUGUAAUUCCAUGUUUAAGAUAUGCUUAUUUUGAUUUUAGAGAACUUGAUACUCAUAAGUUGAGUACCUUUAAUGUACCAAAAGACACAAUAAGUUGAGUUCCCCUUUUUAGGCACUAGGAUUUCCAGUUAUAGUAGUUUGAUAUAAAAUUGUUAUUUCUGUUAUUUUAGCACUUCUCUAAGUAUGAUGCUUGCAGUUUUCUGUACUAUUAAGGAAUGAAUAACAGAGUUUUAGCUCUGCAUCAUCCUAA